AUGUCACUUGACGCUUAUACCGACGUGAUAUUCGUCUUCAGACCCGAUGAGCCAGGGUAUUUCAUCGCUUGUCAGCGUGAAGGCCAUACUCCCACAUAUGAUUGGUAUGCUCUGCCAAUCUCUGGUGCAGCCGUCGGGUCAGAUCCCAGCCUAUUGCCAUCCUGCGUUCGAAAGAAGGAGGUUGGACGCAUCGAGUUUAUGACCGUUAGCGAGGACCAGAAGAGAUUCAUAUUUGGAGAAGAUAUCAAGACAAGAGAGCCUACCUCGUGGUCUUACAAUGUACCCAAGGAAAUCAAGACUCUGAACAGCGAACACCCAACGAAGCAUGUCUGCCUCGGCCCUAAUGGCUCCUGGGUCUGGGUGGGCAAGGACAAGACCAUUGAUUACAGCGCUAGAAUCUUGCCCCCUCACCUUCAGAAUCAGCUUGACAAAGACAACCUUGCUGGGUUAGUCAUCAGGCAGGUCGCGAUGGGGAAAGGAGGCAGUUGGGCAGUGCUGUACCAGAAUGGCGUGACACGGUCGGAGACUGAGGCUGCGCUCUUCGCAGCAUUGCCGGGUACACGAGCAAGCUACCCUCGAUCAAGUACUGGUCAAGGCCCGGAAGAGAGGCUUGUUUGCAAAGAUAAGAGCGUAUGCCUGAGUCUUUAUGACCAGGACGAUUUCUUUGUCCAGCUCACCGAUGGUUCAUGCAUCCUGAACUGCGAUGAAACUUUCCGAGACAGUGUCCUGAAGAAUUUCAAGACGGAAACGGACGCGAAACCGGCGAAAGCGCUGUUGAAGUUCGGUGGCAAGUUCGGCGCCAAGCGCCAGACAAGCGCUGAACGCGGCGACAAGGUAGUAACGAUAUUGAAAGCCACCGGGAAAGCUGGUGGUAUACUUGCGGGCAGUGCAAUAAGUGCUGCACUUGGCACGGGAUGUUCAAUCAUGUAA